AUGAAGGCACUGAUAGAAACCAUCAUCACAGUAAAAGUAACGUUUCAAGCUUUCCUAUUUGCCAACUAUCGUCCACAGCUGGAGCGAAUCUUUGCUGAACUGCAAUCUGUUCUGGAGCGACGUUCCUUAGAUACGCAAUACGAGGUUCAAAAUACAAUACGUCAUUUGCAGUCCUCUUCCGAUUGGCUUAUUAAAGUAUAUCUCGGUAUUGAGACGUUCAGCCUAACGGUCUAUUGUGUUAUUCCAACAGGUUUAACCAUAUUGAAGUAUGCAACGACAGGAAUUGUUCCACCUCUCAUCGGUAUAGCGGAAGCCGACUUUGUACUGUUUGACUUCACCUCUAGUUUCUGGAUAUGGUUACCAAUAACGCUAUUCACCGAUUUGAUAAUUGUACUAAACAUAAUUAUGACUGUCAUUCAAGAUAGCUUCUACUGGUGUUUGUUGCAUCACGUGUCCUGUUUAUUCAAAAUAAUUAAAAUGCAGAUUAUACGGCUAGAUGAGUUUCACGAAGCUCAACAAUUCCACGAAAAACUCAUCGAAAUUGUGCUUAUGCAAGGAGUUGCUUACAGAUCUCUGCUACAGAAGUGCCAAAGGAUUAAAACAGCACUUAGUGCAUUGAUGCUGCUACUCUACGGAACGUGUAUGUGUAUUCUCUGUAUGACAAUGAUGGUCAUCGCUAUAGCUAGUGGAGACACCGACCUGCUGAGCAAAAUGGGAGUUAUUGUGUACUUUAUUUUUUUCCAAAUAUUUUCCUACUCAAUGUUGGGAACGGAACUCAUGACGGCGAGUUCAUCGAUAGCGGAUGCAGUCUAUGCCACACAUUGGUACAAACGCUCGAUUCCCGAACAACGCAACCUAUUGUUCGUACUGAAACGAUCGCAACGUAUGGCAACGCUUACUGCGGCAAAUCUCUUCGGAGUCAGUCGGGCAACCUUCACUAUGACUAUUAGAUCUGCGUUCUCAUACUUUACGGUACUAUGGCAAUUUUACGGCACAUCAGAGCAUCCGUGAGAACUUGGAACUUGGAAGGCUAUCAAUGUAUUGGAUACGAAACUACUUCAAAAGACUUUGGCCA